AUGCCCUCUAGCACCAGCGCCACAUGGCCGAAUUUCACCCCACGCUGGGGCCGUCUUCCAAUCGAACAGUACCUGAUCAGGCACUGGAACCACUCAUCCCCCGAGCCAAAUAACCAGCAACGGCUACGCCUGAUCCAUGCAUACAUCCAUCUCGACAAGGUCCCUCAAGAAUGGGACCCAACAGACUUCGGCGAAGCAUGGUACGAGCCCGAUCCCAACGAUACAAAUCGCGCCUUUGGCCCGACGCGCAUUCCAACAGAUACCGAGAUCGAGGUUAUUCUCCGUCCCUGGCGCUCGCACGAUCUCCGCAAGCGGGCGUGGGAGAUCUGGUGCGGCAGGGACCGGGGCUACCCCGUCAUGCUGAGGACGUAUUAUGAUGGGGAAGAGGGUGGUGCGAAGUUCACAGAGUAUACACGCGUGUCUGAGACCUAUCACGCUGUCACGGACUGUCUUGCGCUGUGCGAUGCCCAGCUCUUCAACUUUGGCUCUGAAUGGCGGCGGGUCUUCGACAUCCUCCCGGAGAUCGCGGGGUGUAGGGGCCAUCAAACGGAUUAUGAUGCCAGUGAUAUAAACAAUGUCGUUGGGAUUGGGCGUCGGCUGUCGGCGUACUAUCCCCGGCGUCCUGACCGGGAUAUGCUAGAAGACGACUAUGCGGAGCUGGAGGAUGAGAUCGAAAAUAGCAAGGCGGAGUGCCCCGACUGGAAAGAGAAUCCAGAUAUACUGCUUGAGCCGGGCGAUACUGCUAUCCGGUCAUUACUGCGGACCGCCACGAUCUCGUGGGUUAUUGUUGUGGAUGAGAAGGCCUUCAGAACAGAUGAGCUCUUGGUUAUCUAUUUCGAUAUGUAUCAGGAUGUCACGGUUGAAGGACGGCUUGGGCUGGACCAGGGCUAUCUUGAUGAGAUGUUGAUGCGCUGGGAGGAUGGCGGCCGACCGCUUGGGUUUGUCAUGGAGAAUGGCACGGUUGGAGAGAGGUACAGGCUGUCAAAUGAGUCCGGGAGGAGAUUCUUUCGUUUGAGUGAUGAUUAUGAGCACCAAGCUGGCGAUGCAAAACUUCAGCAGGAGGGAAACGACUAG